AUGUCUGAUUAAAUAUAAGAAUAUAAAGCUUGCUGGAAGUCAGCAGUUGAUGCUGCUGAAAAAGAAUUAGCUUAGCUUUACUCUUAAUUUAUUUAAAGUGAUGGUGAACUUUUCAAAGAAAAUUUGCAAAAUUAGAAUCAAUUAGUUAAGCGCAAUGAGGUUUAAAAUGAGCCACGCCCUUAGGAUAAUAAUAAUAAUGAUGAGGAAGAGGACUAAUAAGAUUAGAUUGGUCAUCAAUCAAACAUAGCAACAUCUACAACAAAAGAAGACUUUGUAGUGAAUUAAGAAAUUAAAAGAGAACUUAUUAGAGAAGUGCCAUUUAAAGAUGAAAUACUUUAUAUUUAUAGAAUAACAUAUUAGAAUGGAGAUGUCUAUGAAGGAGAGUUAUUAAAUGAUUUAAAGGAUGGAUUAGGAACAUAUUACUAUGAAAAUGGGGAAAAAUAUGAUGGAUUAUUUUCAGAAGAUCUUAUUCAUGGCUAUGGAAAAUAUUUCUUUAUUGGAGGUCACAAAUACGAAGGAGAUUGGUAUUAGGGAGAAAAAUUUGGGAUGGGAAUUUUAGAUUUCAGUACAGGAGACAGAUAUAUAGGAGAGUUUUACAAAGAUGCAUUUGACGGGGAUGGGACUUUUGAGUACAAGAAUGGAGAUGUGUUCAAAGGCUAAUGGAAAAAAGGAAAGAAGAAUGGUCCUGGAGAGAUGAGAUACAAAGACAAAAGGGUUGUUAUAGGGGAUUGGAUUGAUGAUGAGUUAUAGCCCUUUUGA